GUUACUGAAGAGCAAUAGCCACUUGAAUGAGGAGUGCGGGGAGCUCCUCUUGCAAAGAGGAACCACAAAGGUGGCCACAGGUCUGGUUCUGAACAGAGACCGGAGGAUCUCCUGGCCUGAGAACAGCUUUGACUUCCUCAGCAGGGAGCUGUAUGCGCAUUCCAUCAGGAAGCUGCAGGCCCAUGUCCUGUUCAUCAAAGCAGUCCACGGAUAUUUUGAUGUGAGAAGAGAGAGUUACUAUAGCAAGGAGUCCCUGUCAUUCAUGAUACACACGCUGAAGUCCACCCUCAAAGAGCGGUUCCAGUUUGUGGAAGUCCCAGGCAAUCACUGUGUCCACAUGAGCGAACCCCAGCACGUGGCCAGUAUCAUCAGCUCCUUCUUACAGCACAAACACAUGCUCACAGCCUAGCUGUAGCUCUGGGCCUGGAACUAUGACGACCUCGUGCUGCCAGACUCAACACUGGAAAUGUGAGUUCCCGAGCCCCGCAACAAGGCCAGGCCUGUGGGGACAGGCCUCACUGGUCUUGACGCCCAGCCUAGGGUGUAGUCAGGGGAAGGAGUGAGAUUCCAACUUCAACAUCUAUGACCUCAAGCGGGAGACAGAGUCUGGGUUCGGAGGGCUGCUGUCUCCUGGCUAAUAAUCUCCAGCCAGCUGCAGGGAGGAAGGGCGGGCUGGGGCCACCUAGCCUUUCCCUGCUGCCCAACUGGGUGGAAAAUAAAAGCUUCUCGCAUUCUCA